AUGACCAAAAAAGCACUUCUUGUUGGAAUUGAUUAUAUUCCCGUGUACCGAGACCGGAAUCUCAGGGCUUCAGACUACGAAGGGUGUUCAAACGAUGUUGAAGCAAUUCGCAGUCACUUGUGCGAAUACCUCGGCUUUCUACCUGAGAAUGUCGAAAAGCUGAUUUCUACCGCGCCGUCCCAGUCACCACCGUCCACUGGAAAGACCUCGCAACUGCCAACAUAUUCUAAUCUAGUCAAAGCUUUUGACCACCUUGGUCAGGUCAGCCAGAAGGGCGAUCUCGUUUACAUACAUCUAUCAGUUCCCCUGUGCACUGUUCCAGCACGGAUCUCCAAUUUUCACUCACUACUCGGAGUUGAUUACGCCCUGGAGCUGCCUGAUGAAGCCAAUGCAAGAUCAUACCUGCACACAUCGGAAUUGGCUCUGCUUCUCCGCGGACUCGCUGCCAGAGGACUAGAUGUGAACUGCACUCUCGAUGCCCGUGAAGGAGAUAACGUCAGUUCCAUAACGCAUUUCAAAAAUUCCAUACAUACCCAGAGCCAACUGGCGAGUGUUGCGAACCCUGAUCAUCAUCUGUUCUUCGAACAAGAAAAUACCUGGCUGUACUACCCCCAUUCGCCUAAUGACUACACGAUGCUGUCGGUGUCUCCGGGCAGGAAAUGGCCACCUCCUGUUAUGACAAGUUCUCAUGCAGGGAAGACAUUUGGGUUUCUGACUCAUCAUUUACUAAUGGUCUUGAGAAGAAAUUGUUCGCUCAUGACGUGGGAUGAUAUUUUGUGGGAGAUUUGUCGCGAAACAGAACACAAAGCAUCUGGCAACGUCCACUCCUCGGGGGCUACUGAAAAGCUGUUUCUUCUCCAAGAAGGAGAGACCGGUGACUCAAGCCCGCCGUUUCGGUUCUCGAGUACUAUGCUGUCGGAUGGCACAUCCACGAAAUUGACAAUUGAAGCUGGGGCUGUACAUGGAAUCUUCCCAGGGGCCACUGGGUUCUUUCGCCCCUUGGAACGGGAGCUCGAAAAAAGGAGGCCACAAUUACCAAAGUCCGACGUGACUUUCAGUGUCACGACAGUCAAUGAACUAUUCAGCCUGGCAGAUUUGAAUGGCUCUUUCUCAGGGUCAGAAAGUCCAGGUGGGGAACUUCGCCCUUUCACCCCCCUUCUCGCAUUGCUUAGGCUCACAUGGCUGACACAUUGGCGCAUAGGGGACACGACUCCUGCAGAUGUACAUGUAAAACUCAGCGGGAUUGCGUUGAUCGAGAGAAAGACUCUCCAGCGUGAAAGCUUACUGGGGAUCAAAGAGCACGUCGAGCUUUACGCCUCAACGCUCAAGCUCCGUGGCAAUGCAUCAGCUUUUGAUGGCCACAUUAGCGUUGAUCUUGUAGGUGGAUAUGAUACAAGUCUCGACGAUAACUGUUUGUACAAGAGCAGACCAAGUCCAAAGAUUGCUGCAGAUGGAUUUCUUCAUAUGCUCUCAGGUGACUGUGCCACAUUGCUUUUGAGCAGUGAUGUCGAGGAGCCUCUAUACGUACAGGUGCUCCAUUUUGACAGUGCUUUUGGAAUCACCGCGAUAUCCACAAGACAGGGUCAUCGGAAACUAACGAAUAUGAACCCCAUCCGGACUCAGAACUAUGGAAUAUUUCGGCAUCUCAGUCUUGAAGUCAGCGUUUCUUUGCCGAAGGUGACACUUGAAGACGAGACGAGGACUUGGGCGAGUGAAGUGGUUAAGGUGGUGGUAACGAAUCGUCCAACAUCAUUUCAAUCAUUGUGUUUGAGCUCAAUCCUUGAUCUGAAAGUCUUAAAAGCCCAGCCAGACCUAAUUGCAUCCGCUUCAGUGUGUGGUGCUGACAUCGGCUUAGUGGUUGAUAACAUCACACGAAAGCUCAAGCCCAAUCCUCACGCUCUAUGGGAUUAUGGAGAUUAUGAGGCUGGAGACAAGUGGUGCUGCUUUGACAUGAAAUUUGUUCUUCAUAAGUCGACGCAAUCACUGGGAGACGUUUGA